UCAAAAUAGACAGCUUCGAAUUUUGUCUCUCUAUAUAUCUCUCUGUCUCUCUCACUUCGGUUCCAACGACCCACUCCCAGGAUCGUUCCAAACGAGGCCAAACGACUUUAGUUCUGAAAAUUGGUCAUCGUGUUGUGUCGGUCCUUUAAUGCUAAUAUAUUUUUCCGUUUGAAAUCAAAGACAAUAUCGAUCGAAUUCUAGGGUUAGGGUUUGUUUGGAUUUAAAUCAUAAGAGGAUUUGAGCACUGCAUUGGGUAAAUUUACUCGUUCUGGAACGAAUUUGAGAGAUGGGUUUUGCGGUAUCGGAUGAGUUGUUGGGCACUUUUGCGCCGAUUUUGGUGUAUUGGGUGUAUUCGGGAAUAUAUAUUCUCUUGGGUUUGUCGUUGGAUAAUUAUCGGUUGCAUUCGAGGAAGGACGAGGAUGAUAAGAAUUUGGUGUCGAAGAGGACGGUGGUCAAAGGUGUUCUUCUCCAACAGGCCGUUCAGGCCGUCGUCGCUACCCUCUUGUUCACCGUUACGGGAAAUGAUGUUGAAGCUUCCCUAGAUGAACAGCAUUCCUUCAUUGUUCUCGCAAGACAGUUCUUUACUGCAAUGGUGAUUUUAGAUACGUGGCAAUAUUUCAUGCAUAGAUACAUGCACCAUAACAAGUUCCUCUACCGGCAUAUCCAUUCUCAACAUCACCGGCUUGUUGUCCCGUAUGCUUUUGGAGCUCUAUACAACCAUCCCAUAGAAGGGCUUCUCCUUGACACAAUUGGGGGUGCGCUGUCUUUCCUCCUCUCAGGCAUGUCUCCUCGAGCCUCAAUAUUCUUCUUUUCAUUUGCGACCAUCAAAACAGUAGAUGACCAUUGUGGGCUGUGGCUUCCUGGGAAUCUCUUUCAUGUAUUCUUUAGGAACAAUUCUGCCUAUCACGAUAUUCACCACCAGCUGUAUGGGACGAAAUACAAUUUCUCACAGCCUUUCUUCGUUAUGUGGGAUAAAAUUCUUGGUACUUACAUGCCUUAUUCAAUUGAGAAGAGAAUCGAUGGGGGCUUCGAAGCACGACCUACGAAAGAGAACAAGGAUGAUUGAUCAUAGAAGAGAGAUUCAUUGUUUGUAAUGAGUAUGUAUCACUAGUUCUAGUUUGCUUCUUUCUCCCAUAUAUUCUCUUUUUUGUACCCAAUGCCACUGGUUAGAAGCUGUGCAUUUAUAUAUUGUUGUAUUAUCCAUUUGCUUUUGUCCAUAUAAAGAGUCACAAAUUGCUAUUUCAA